ACAUGCGCCCGACGCAACCGCGCCGCUGCGUUCCAGCGUCACGUGACGGCCGACGAGUUUCGCCCAUGAGAUUGAGAAAAUCCGGCGCGCGAGAUCUUCCUCACAUUUCCACAGAUUUGAUGAGUUUGUGAGUGAUGGAGGAUCACACGCAGUGCACGAUCUGCUAUGACCAGUUUAAAUUCCCAGUGACCCCCCGGUGCGGUCACACCUUCUGCAAGGAAUGCAUCUCGACAUUCUGGGAUGGCAAGCAGAGAGAUGGACAGGUCCUCCAAUGCCCCAUAUGUAACCACAUCUUUGAGACGAGGCCUCAGCUUAAUCGGAACGUGUCUCUGUCUGUGAUAACUGAGGCGGUGGCAACAAACAGUCCGUUUAAGAGAGAUGUUAGUACAGGAGCAUCAGUUCGCACGGAGCCGGAGGAGCUGUGCGGGCGUCAUCAGAAACCUCUGGUCAUUUACUGCAGGAACGACAGCAUGUGUGUGUGCUACGAGUGUUCGGUGAAUGAGUGCAAGGGCCACGAUCAGAUUUUGGUUGAAGAAGAACGAAAGAACAGAGAGGCAGGAUUGAAGAGGAAGGGUGAAGAAAUCAAGAAACAGCAAGAAGCUGUUGAGAGAUGUUGUCUGGAGCUCAAGGAAAACAUGGCCGAAUCAAAGGUGUCAUUACAGCAGACGUCUCAGUGGGUGAUCACCAAGUUCUCUCAGCUGAUGAAGGUGUUGGCAGAGAAACAGGAAGUGACGCAGUGUUUUGUGGAGCAGCAGCAGGAUGUGACCGUGCAGCGGGCUGAGAAGAGGCUGGCUGUGCUGGAGGAGAGACAGAAGCAGCUCGCAGCUCUUCAGGAGGAGAUCACGAGUCUGUGUUCUCUCCCUCACUGCCAGCUCAUCAAGGAGUCCAGGCUCAUAGAGGUCCCACACUUCCAUGAAGUUCCUGCGGACGUGAGCACAUGCCUUCAGGAGAAGCUGAACCCCGUCACAGACGUUCUGUCUCGCGUCUCUAAGCUGGUGUGUGAAGAUUUAGAGAGAGCCGUGCAGACGUUUGCAGGACAGGAGAAGGAAGGUGGGAACAUCUCUUUAUCAAAACCUCAAACCGAUGCUUUUUUGAUGGAUCUCCUUGUCAUUCUUGUAGGUUCUCCUCAAGAUAAGAGGCCCGUACUUGCUGUCGUUCCCAGUCCUGCAUCAUCAUCAUCAUCAUCGUCGUCGUAUCCGGCUGAGAGGGAGGGGCUUAGUGCAUAUCGUUGCAGCCUGACCUUUGACCCUCGUACCGCCAACGCUCACCUGCGUCUUUCCCGUAGCAACAGGAGGGCGGAGCACCUCACCUCCGGGCCCCGCCCGGUCCCCGCCGACAAGUCGCGCUUCGAUCACACGUGGCAGGUGUUGUGCUUCCAGAGCUUCAAGGAAGGUCAGCAUUACUGGGAGCUGGAGGUGUCCAAACCGUGGGCCUACGUGGGCGUGACGUACCCGAACAUCCCGCGCAAAGAGAAGGGCAAAUGCUGCAUGGUGGGCAUGAACGAGCUGUCGUGGAGCCUGCAGCUUGACGAACAUCAACUGAGCGUGUGGCACGCCGGAUGCAAGGAGCCUGUCGCAAGUCGGCUGCAGCUGAAUGCACGGUCGCUGCGCAUCGGGAUGCUGCUGGACUACGAGGCCGGAACGCUCACCUACUACCAGGGACAGGUGCGUCUGCACGCCUUCCACUGCGCAUUCACACAAGAGCUGUUUCCAGCGUGCUGGAUCGGGGAAGGCGUCACUGUGACGCUCUGCGAACCCUGAGCCUGAACGUCUUUGUUGUUUUGUGACCCCCAACCAGAUUGAAGAAGUCUCAUUUCUUGCUGAACCUUUCGUGUCUUUGAGCCGUGGUGAGAUUUGUCUUGGGAGAACCACGCAAAUGUUGCACUGUUACAACCUCUUUGGCAGUCUCGUCAAUACAUACAUUUGUAUGUCGAGAUCAAUGUUAUUUUCUGCUGUAUCUCCUUAAAGAUGUGCAAAUCAAUUUGUACAUUUAUUAUCGGACCCUGUGAUCCCACAGAUGGCCGCUAGCGAUGCCAAGACCUUAAACUGAUCAAAUGUACCCUGAAGGCACUGUAAUUCUAUUUGGAUAAAAACAUCUGUAGUUUGUGUUUAAAGAUCUGCUGUCGAGGAUGCUCAUUUUUAUUUUUGGUGGAUUCUGGGAAAUGUUUUUCCACUUGUUCUGUUUUUGUAACAUUUUGAUUUUUUUUAAUAUAGAGUUUAUCAAUAUCAAGCACAUCCUAUUGCACACUUUUCCAGUACAUCUGGGUUAAAAAUGUCAAUUCUUCAGUUUCAUUAACAUUGAUUAGAAGGGAAUACAAAUGCACAGCGACUGUACUGUACCACAUUAUCACUACAUGAACUCAUGUUUAAUUCAAGGAGUCCAUUUAUAAAUGAUCACUUGGAAUUUUGGUCUGCUUUUCAGACUUUUAGCUUUAUGAUUUAAUGUUGAAGAUCAAAAGCACAUUGUAUUGUGGGAUGCAGUAUCUCAUACUGUCUGCUGACUGAACAGUGAACUUCAUUCAGUUUCUGUCCUCAAUGUCCUACCUGUCUACUGGGCACAGGUAAGUCUGAUAUUUUAUAGCUCUCAAUUAUACUUUAACGUUAAGUGGCAAAAAUUAAUGUCAAAAUAAAGAAAAAAUAAUCCAUUAAAUAGAGACAUCAGUUGCAGUAUUAAUAUCAGAAUGUUGUCUUUUAUUCAUAAAAUGAUGCUGUAAAAGAAAAGUGUUGUUUCUACAUUCAUAUUCGAAUUAUAUUUAAAAACAUUAAUGUUGUGCAGACGUACAUAAUUAUUUCACAGAUUUUUACAACAGAUAGAAAUGUGCAAAAAAAGAGAUCUAACUUAUGCUCAAGUCAAAAAUGACAAUGCCAGAAAAUCAGAAAAACAGUGCUCUGUAAAUAACUGAACAGAGACAGAGAGAAAGGUUAGUUAUUAUUUAAUUAUUUAAAGAGAUGAGGUUAAUUGGGUUUCCUGAUUUGUGCGUUCCAACGGUAGCGAGUUUGAAUGAGAGUCCUCUGAGGUUUCAGGAAUCAAAAUGCCAUGAAAAAUGCCCACGUAUUUCUAAGUCAUUUUUUAGUAUUACUCAUGUUUGAGUUACUCAUUUAUGAUUACUCAUGUUUCAUAAAUGCUCAUGUUUUUUAACAUGUUUUAUCCAGUCUACACUGAUCUCUAUGACACUUUCUGGCCAUCACCCUGAAACUGCUCUCAUAAGAUUUAAUGCUUUAUUACAUUUAUUGUAGACCUGUUUAAUGUCUCCUCCAUAAAGAUUUCUCAUCUUAACCACAAUCCUAAAAACAAACUUUGUUACUGCAUGUUUUUCAUAUAAUUUCAUCUGUACAUUUCCUAACUUUCUCUUUCUUGUUAAGAGCAUGUGACAUGAUUUUUUAACUGACAUCUUAAAUCCCGUCAAAUGUCCAUUUUUCAACUUUUAUUAGCACUGAAUAUUAUGAAUCACUUGUCUAGUAUUUUUCCAUAUGGCCCCAUCAUCUGCAUGAAGUGAAGAUCUAAUACCAUUGCCAACCUUCUCAAAUAUAUCAUUUAUCAUUAUAUUAAACAGAAUUGGGCUAAUGACACUACCUUGUGGAAUACCAUUUAUUAUUAUCAAAGUCGUCUGAUACAGCAUCUUCAACUUUAACACGAAAUGUCCGAUUUGAUAAGAAGUCUAAAAUCUAGUAAAACAUCCUUCCUCCAACUCCCAUAUUAUGUAGUUUGAUCAGUAAUCCUAGACUGAAGCGCUCGAGCAAACGCGCGCCUUUUAUCUAGAUACGUAACAGUCGAAACGGAACAUUUGGAUUCGCAAUGACGCUGAAGUGCUUUAUGACGCUUUAUGGCGCUGCAAGAAAAAAAACAACACCAUUUGGCCAAUGAAAUUUUUAUAAUCGCUAAAUUCUAUAUUAAAAAUGUAGGUUUUGGAAUUCUUGCAUCUUCCCUUUGUUUAUAUUCAACUGAAAAAAUUACAAAUCCUGCAAAAACAUGAAAUUGUUUAAGUUCUUUAUAAAACAAUUGUUUGUUAACUUCCGUUAGUUAACUUGUGUUAUCCAUUUGUUUG